AUUUGGGUCGCGCGCAACUAGGACCGAUCAUCCUAUAAUCAUUAGGCAUGUAUAGACAAAGAAGAAUUCACUCUAACAUUCAGGAGAUCUUUAGUCUUUAAUGUAGUGAAUUAAGUACCCACAGAAAAGCCACUCAAAAAGGGGACGCUGAAGCCCAAAACUGUGAGACAAAAAUGUUAACAACUACCCCAAUGUGUUACCAAAAAACUUAAAUUCCAUAAAUGAGGUGUGAAAUCUGGAGUACAUUCCAAAAUCCAAAAAUGGUCUGGUUCUUUAGUUCUGCACCGGUUUGCUGUUUCGGCAAAGAGCCUCCAAAGCUUACCAGGUGUUUAGCACCUGCUGUGUUUUAAUCCUUCACUAACACCGCAGUGUCAUUGCAAAGGUGUCAUAGCGCGCUGACGUGUCCACCUUCUAAAUCAGACACGGAGCUGUCUAGAUUUAGGUUACCGUGACAAUAAUCUGCUUUGCUACCGUGAAAGCAGGCCAGAGCGAGCGAGCGCGAGCCAAGAAGAAGAAGAAGGAGACGCACCGAUGGGGAACACCAAGAGCAGCACGUUGUCCAAGGAACUCCUGGAAGAGCUGAAAUCCAACACCAAGUACUCCGAAGGUGAGCUGUGCACAUGGUAUCAGUCCUUCAUCCGGGAAUGUCCCAGCGGGAAGAUCAGCAAAGAGCAGUUUGAAGGCAUUUACGCCAGCUUUUUCCCGGAUGCCGACCCUACCGCCUAUGCCCGCCACGUCUUCCGGAGCUUUGAUACCAAUGCCGACGGAACCCUGGAUUUUAAGGAGUACAUUGUGGCACUUCACCUCACCUCGGGUGGGAAGACCCGUCAGAAGCUGGAGUGGGCCUUCGCUCUCUAUGACGUUGACGGCAACGGGACCAUCAGCAAGAACGAGAUCCUGGAGAUCGUCAGGUCCAUCUUCAACAUGAUCCCAGCUGAUGACCAGGAGAAUCUUGCAGAAGAUGAGAACACGCCAGAGAAGCGAGCGGAGAAGGUCUGGUGCUUCUUCGGCAAGAAGGAGAACGACAAAAUCUCGGAGGGCGAGUUCAUCCAGGGCGUGAUGGACAAUCAGAAUAUCUUGCGACUCAUCCAGUAUGACGAACCUCAGAAGAUUAAAGACAAGCUGAAGGAAAAGAAACAAUAGUGGCAAUAAGCAGACUCUUGACGGUUUGCUUUUUUGUUACCGUGGCAACCACGCAGGAAGUGUCUCUCGACAACUCAUUGUGGAAAAAAAA